AAACCGAAAGUGUAGUGCUCCGGGCGUCGCGCCUGGGUUGAUUCACCUUCACCUGUGCGAGCCCGGGCUGACCCAGGUGGGAAGCCGGAGCCCAGCGACCAUGAAUGGAAGAGUGGAUUGUUCGGUGACCGAGGAGGAGGAGAUCAAUCUCACCAGAGGUCCUUCGGGGCUGGGCUUCAACAUCGUCGGUGGGACAGAUCAGCAGUAUGUCUCCAACGACAGUGGCAUCUACGUCAGCCGCAUCAAGGAAAAUGGGGCUGCGGCCCUGGAUGGGCGGCUCCAGGAGGGUGAUAAGAUCCUCUCGGUAAAUGGCCAAGACCUAAAGAACCUGCUGCAUCAGGAUGCUGUAAACCUCUUUCGUAACGCAGGCUACGCUGUGUCCCUGAGAGUGCAGCACAGGUCACCGGUGCAGAAUGGGCCGACAGGACAUCGAGGUGAAGGAGAGCCCAGUGGUCCUCCCAUAGCUGUGGUGCUGGUGCCAUUGUUUGCCUUCACCAUGGUACUAGCCUGGGCCUUCAUGAGAUACCGGCACCAUCUUUGAGAAGCUUGUGUUCUUUCAGUGCUCCUGAUGAAGAUACGUUUCUCUCUUCUCUCACCCUCCUCCCCUGCCAUUCUUCCAUAUCUUUCCCUCUCUCUGCAAAGCCAACACAUGGUUUAAAAGAGACUGCUACCCAACCAGAAACUUGCUGUUCACAAUUUACAAAUCCUCGUAUUCAAUGGGAGAGUAAAGUCUGUUUGAAGGAAA